AAGUGAAUGGGAGAGCCUGGCUUAUCCUUGCUGCUGUCAUCGAGGCGGCCGGUAUUUUUAGGGGACUGCGGCAGCUGCAAAAGCACUUAUCGGUCUUCCACGAACAAUGACACUCAGGGUGUCUAACGGCAGAACGCCACACAGAUUGCGGGGACCGCUCUGAAGUUGUAGCUGUUCGGAACGAAAACAGAAGUUCGGCUCCGAAACACAAAGUUGUUCAAGAUUUAAAGAAACAUGUACUGGCAAAGCACGUGGGACACUUGACCUGGAUUUAUUUCACACCGCAUGCCAGAGCGGGGCGUCGGUAGGCCCGGCCGUUGGAGACAAGCAACGUUGAUUUCUUAGCUUGAAGACAAUUUCUGCGUGUGCGGAAUGUAUGUUGACGUUGUCGUUCCAGGACUCCGAAGCGAGAUACUUGUACUGCGCAGUCCGAGACAGUCCCGCCCCAGCAUUGGCAGUGAGCGACUGAGCUGCUGAGUAGAGGCUGGCCCUGCAGCAGACAUGGACGUGUUUGGCGGAGCGCCCCGCUUCCUGGCCUACCCCAGGCCGGUGGUGGUCCAGAGCGGCACCGACGCCGUUCUGAAGUGCCAGAUCGGCGGAGACCCCCGGCCCGCCGUGAUCUGGGAGAGCAACAACAUUAAGAUCGACACACAGGGGCGGUACCGCGUGUUUGAGGACGGCAACGUCUACAACCUCAUCAUCUCCUCUGUGACAUCCGAGGACAGCGGGCAGUACAUCUGCAAGGCCAAGAACAGUAUCGGGGAGACGUAUGCGGCCGCCACGCUCAAGGUGGAGGGCGAGGCCCAGGAGCUGGAGGUCAGGGAGGAGAACAAGCCUCGUUUCCUCAUCAAGCCCCUCUCCACCCGUGUGGGCCGCGGGGACGAUGCUGUCUUCUCCUGCAAGCUGUGGGGGAACCCGAGGCCCGACGUGGUCUGGGAGAAGGACGGACGGAAGCUCCACGAGAUCUUCGAGAGCACGCACUUCAGCGUGGGGUGCCAGGACGGCGGCUGGUUCCAGUUGAAGAUCUUCAAGACGCGUGCCCCCGACGGCGGGGUGUACACGUGCAAGGCCCGGAAUGAGUUUGGCGAGGGGCUGGCGGGUGCAGUGUUGCUGGUGGAUGCCGGCCCGGGGCAGGGGGACGAUGGGAAUCGAAACGGGUACAACAACAGCCACUGGAAGGCCCAACAGGGCAAGCAGAGGAGUGGCAGGCUGAUGUCCAAUAGACUCAGAGACGACGGCAUGACUAAGUCCACCAAAGUAAAGAUGUUUGCGGUGACUGAGGGCAAGCAUGCCAAGUUUCGCUGCUUUGUGACGGGAAAACCCAAACCGGAGAUUAUAUGGAGGAAGGACGGUCGGCUCAUUCUCUCGGGGAGACGCUACUUGUGCUAUGAGGAUAGAGAGGGAUAUUUCACUCUGAAGGUGCUGUACUGUAAGCAGAAGGACAAUGGAGUUUAUGUUUGCGCUGCGUCCAACACUGCGGGACAAACACUCAGCGCUGUACAUUUGACUGUGAAAGAGCCUCCGGUGAGGUUCAAGCAGCCGCUGAUCGACCUGGAGGUGUGGGAGAGGGACCUGGCCGUGCUGGAGUGCGAGGUCCCUGAGGAUUCGGUCCCCAUCACCUGGUACCUGGAAGACCGCCGGCUCCAGCCCGGUGCGAAGUACGGCAUGGAGGAAUGGGGCACCAAGAGGCGGCUCACCAUCCGAGACAUCGGCGUGGACGACGACGGGAUCUACCUCUGUGAGAUGCCCGACGGGGGCCGGAGCAUCGCGGAGGUGGCUGUGAAAGGCACUAUUGUCCGGAAACUGCCGAGGAAGGUGGAUGUCCUGGAGGGAGAAAACGCUGCAUUUUGUGUUGAGGUGGAGGAGGAGGAGAUGGACAUCCACUGGUAUAAGGAGGGAGUGGAAUUGCGAGAGACGCACCAGACCAUCCUCAAAUCAUUCGGUCGCACUCAUAUCCUGGUAUUCGUCAACACUAAUCCUCAGGAUUCUGGACUGGUCAUGUUCUUCGUGGGCAGGUCCAAAACUUCGUCUCAGCUCAGAGUGAAAGCUGCCAAACACUCCCCUCCAAGCUGUCCUGUGAGCGUUCAGAUCAACACAGAGCGAGCCAAUGCCGCUCUGCUCUCUUGGGUUCCCGCCCAGGACUCACGAAAGAACCCCCCGUCAGGCUAUGUCCUAGAGCGGCAGGAGGUGGGGACGGGCUCCCAGGAGUGGCUCCAGUGUCUGACCACAGACUCCGCCACCUCCGUAGAGAUCCUAGGGGACAGCGUUCCCUGCGAGGCAGACUACCGCUUCCGAAUCUGCAGCGUCAACAAGUACGGAAAGAGCAACAACGUGGAGUUUCCCCGAGCGGUUCACUUAGUCCCUGUGGCCAGGAUACAGGCUCCUCUGCAGGAUGCCUUGGUGCCAGAGGGGCAGGACGCCUGCUUCACCAUCGAGCUCUCUGCCUCAGUGAUUGGCACGUGGUUCUUGAACGGCACUCAGCUGCAGGACGACGAACGAUACACAACGAGGCGGUCUCGAACGCACCAGUCGCUACGCAUCAGGGGUGUACGAGAAACAGACAACGGGGCUGAAAUCACAUUCAUAGCAUACAGCAUUAGGGAUUCUGCCGCAUUAUACAUUCAAGCUCCUCUGGUGAAGUUCUCCCCACUAUCAGAAAUGGACCGUAAUAAGUUUAUAGAAGAGGGGAACCCUAUUGUGCUGUACUGUGAGCUGUCAGACCCUGCGGCCCCAGUGCACUGGUACAAGAAUGGGGUGGAGCUACAAACAACCGAGGGCCUUCACAUCCAAUCAGAAGGCACAAUGAGGCGGAUUGUCAUCCAAUCUGCAGAGUUUUCACACUCUGGAGUCUAUUGCUGCGACGCCAUCGAUGAUGUCAUCAGAUUCAAUGUGGAAGUAGAGGCCCCGCCUGUGAAGUUCACACCACUCCCAGACGAGAAGAGAGAAAGGGCCAUCCAUACUGGCUCCCGGAUGGAGCUCCAGUGUGAGCUCUCAGACCUUUCAGCCACAGUGCACUGGUACAAGGAUGGCUCCAAGCUCCUGCCUCAGAGCGGAGUAGAGAUGCUCAGUGAUGGCUUGUCUCGGAUGUUGGUAGUCGACGUGGCAGACUUUAUUCACUCUGGGUUAUACAGCUGCAAGACUAAAGGUGAUGCCAUCACGUUCAACGUGGACGUCACAGUGCCACCAGUGAAGUUCUCAGCGAUUCCAGAACCACUAAGGAAUAAGACCAUUGAGGCCGGCUGCCCCAUUGUACUGCAGUGUGUGGUCUCGGACCCAGAGGCCCAGGUCUGCUGGUAUAAGGGUCCAACGCAGCUUCUUUCAAACGCUGAAAUAGAAAUCCAAUCGGAAGGCCACACAAGGUCUUUAGUUAUCCAGUUCGCCGAACCUGGACAUUCUGGUGUUUACAGCUGCGCCUCCGAGGACGAUACCAUGGAGUUUCGAGUGGAGAUCAGAGCUAUACCGGUGAAGUUCUCGACUAGUUUUGAUGUUGAGCAAACCAAGGCGUUUGAAGUGGGUGCGGCAUUUGAACUGGAGUGCGAGGUCACCGAGCCAACCGCUGAGGUGUGCUGGUACAAAGAUGGCCACCAGCUCUGCCCACAGAAUGGCUGGGACAUUAACUCUGACAGCUCCUUUAGGAGGCUCAUUGUCCAAUCAGCUGAGCUAUUUCAUGCGGGGCGGUACAGCUGUGAGACCUCUGAUGACACUAUCCAGUUCACUGUGGAUGUCAAAGCUCCAAUGUUGCCAUUGUUAUCGUCACCGGAGGUUGAGGAAAGCAAUUUGAUUGAGGUGACCUGUCCCUUGGAACUGCAAGGUCAAUGGUCAGACUCUGCAGUCCCGGUGUUGGGGCCGCAGGACGAAGAGCAGGACCAAACAAGCCAACCUGGCUUUGAAACUGGAGGCUUCAAGCAGACCCUCGUAAUCGAACCGACCCACUCUUCCAAAUCUGGAGCCUACUAUUGUGCAACAGCAGACGAUGUUGCCAAGUUAAUUGUUCAAAACGAAGUUGAGAAGACCAAACCUAUUGAAGCACAGAGCCCCAUCGUUCGGCAGUUCGAGAUCUCAGACCCAGUUGCCAAAGCCUGUUGGUACAAGGAUGGAACACAGAUCUACCCACAAAACAACAGCCAAUCAGAAACUGCCAAACAGACUAUGUUCCUCCCUUCAGAUGGCUUAUUCUGUGAGAAGAAGUCUGGCUGUGAGAGAAAAGCAGAAGUGCAGUUUAAUGUGGACAAAAAAGCAUAUCAGUGUCACUCUGGUGACGACAGUGUUGCAGUAUCUGAUGAGUCUCACGAAAGCACUAUGGACACAAAAGCUAUACCUCCCAGACACUCGCCGGACCAAGCUACAGAGCCAAGGAAGUCCAUUGAAGUGGCUAACUCAACAGAAGACGAAACCAUCUUGCAGAAGCCAAACUCUUGGGUCUCCCGAAAGAUAGGAGAGCCUUGUAAAUAUAUAAAGCAUUCCGGGCCAACUCCAGCUCUUAAUCCAACAAGUCAAGGUUAUGAUGAGCAGAUUCCAGUAUGUUCAGAAGUGCCUUCCAGCAGCCGACAAGCGACAACUGUUGAUGAUGUGGAUUGCCCUGAAUCAACGUAUGCAGUGAUGGUCGGAUCUGGUGCAAACCAGCACUGUAUACAGACUACAGAAGUCCAAAUUGAGAAUCUCCGACGCAAUACACAGUAUUCACCAGCUCCUCUAGAAAAUGUGACAACUUCAACGCACACAGUGACUGUCCAAGCACAUAAGUAUUGUGCCGCACUGCAAACUGCAACCGUCCAAGCAGAGGAACCCGACAGUGCCCAAGAGUGUACAGCUUUCAAAUCCCAGGAAAUCUGCAAGUCCUCGAAGAUGAAAUAUAUCCAAUCAAAGAAACUUUGUCGCUCCUCAAAGACAGAAAAGCUCCAAUCAGUAGGGCUGUCUAAAUGCUUCCAGGCUGAAACUAUUCAAUCGGAGGGAGUGUCUCGGGGCUUACAAGCUGAAAAGAGGCAAUCACAUGGACUUUCUAGUUGCUUACAAGCUGAAACUAUCCAAUCAGUGGGACUGUCUCAGUGCUUAGCAGCAGAAACUAUCCAAUCACAGGGACUGUCUAGUUGCUUCCAGGUUGAAACUGUUGAAUCAGUGGGAGUGUCAAGCUGCUUUGAGACAGAGAGUCACCAACUGGUGGAGCAGUCUAGUUGCUUACAGGCUGAAACGGUUCAAUCUGUGGGACUUUCAAGCUGCUCAAAGACUGAAGGUCACAAAUCAGUGGAGCUGUCUGGUUCCUUACAGACCCAAACUAUCCAAGAAAAGGAAAAUUCCAAACAGAUUGCAACUGUCCUAUCAGAUGGGCUAUCUGGCUGCUUACAGACUAAAACCCUCCAAUUAAAUGACCCAUGUGACUCUAUAAAGUCUGCAACUGUCCAAUCAGAGGAGGUCAGCAACUCAUUCAGCAGCACUGUCCAAUCAGCCCCUCCGGUGAGAAUCAAAGCGGCAGUUUGUGAGACUGAGAGGAACCAGUCAUGUGAGGUAUCGGAUCCUUGCGCAGGAGUGUCUUGGUACAAGGAUGGGCUAAAGCUGCUUGACCUGAAUGGGCAGGCGAUGGGUGGUUCGGAGGGUUCUGUACGAAGUCUCUCUGUUGAAUCAGCGCUCCCGUACCACGCAGCUCCUCCUGUGAAGUUUUCAGCCAUGUCUGAAGCUGAUCAGACACAAACAGUCAUGGUGGGCUGUCCCAUUGCUCUACUCUGUGAGCUCUCUGACCCCACUGGGCAAGUUCACUGGUCCAAAGAUGGAGCAAAACUUAUACCUCCAUCUGGAGUUGACAUCCAGUCGGAUGGAAAUAUCAGGAAACUGACGAUCCAGUCGGCCCAGAGGUCUCAUUCUGGAGUAUACCAAUGUGAGACUAAGGAUGAUGCCAUCCAGUUCAGCGUGGACGUGAAAGCUCUGCCUUUGAAGUUCUGUGAACUUCCAGAGGACGAGAGAAGCAAGUCAGUGAAAGAGGGUUCACCUCUGGUUCUUCGAUGUGAGCUCUGUCAGGACACAACAGCUGAGGUCUUCUGGUCCAGGGAUGGAACCCAGCUGCUCCCGGGUGACAUAGACAUACAGUCAGAUGGCCUAGUGAAGAAAUUGUGCAUCCAUUCUGUGGAUAGAACCCAUGCUGGCAUCUACCAAUGUUCAACGGCAGGUGACUCAAUCACCAUCACGGUGGAAAUCAAAGGCUGCUCACAGAGAAUCAAGCCAAUCCCGAUGUCAGAAAAAUUCAAGGCCCUUUCGGUCGGCUCUCCUGUAGUGCUCCAGUGUGAGCUUCAAGACCCAGUUGCCCAGGUCUCAUGGUGCAAAGAUGGCGUGGAGCUUUAUUCGAAAACGGGUCUCGAUAUGAAAAGAAAUGGCCACGUCCGGAAGCUAGUGAUUAAUUCCGCUAAGGCCUCUGACUCUGGCCUCUACAGCUGUUGUCUUUCACUCGAUGUUGUGACAUUCCAAGUGGAGGUCCAAGACCCCGCAGCUGAGGUCAAUAGGUACAAAGAUGUCGUUCAGCCACUUCCUCUGAGUAACUUCGACGUCCAAUCAAAUGAUGAGUUGAGAUCAAUGAACAUCCAAUCAGCAGAAGCCAGACACAGGGGCCUUUACAGCUGUGAAGAGAUGAACGAUAUCCAUAUAGAAUCCAAGGUGGAUGUUGCAGCUCCCGUCUGGUCGUCAAUGGCCCCAGAGGUUGGGAGAUGCCUCGCGGCAGCAGAGCCCAUCUCCCAGCAGAGAGAGACGGCACAUCUCAAAAGCCGUGCCCACUUGUCCAAUGAGGACAGAGUGAAUCCCCUGCCAAAGUGUGUGACUAUCAGCCAAUCAGAGGACAGAAAGAGGACAGUGGUUACGCAACCGGCCACCAGCGUGGGUUCAUUCUCCGGGGUGUGCAAUCUUAAAACAGAUGAUGUUUCAGAUUUCAACGAUUGCUAUGUGGAGGUGAAAGUGCAUCCGGUAACUUUCGUAAACAGCCCAGAGGAGGAGCGUUUCAAAAGCGUUGUGGAGCAGGACCAGCUGGUUCUAGCAUGCGAGGUGUCACAGGCGGACGCCCCGGUCCAGUGGUACAUGGAUGGAGUAGAACUCCAAGCGUGUGACAACGUUACAAUGAGAUCAGCUGACACAGCCAGAACUCUGAGUAUCCGUAGCGCCCGGCUGUCGGACACAGGGACGUACACGUGCAGAGCUGGAGACAGCGCUUUAAUCUUCAAGGUUAACAUACGAGAGCCCCCGGUGACGAUAGUUUACCCCAAAGAAGACGUCCAUCUAGACCGCCAUGUGCCAGAGGAAAUCAUACUUAGCUGUGAGCUGUCGCGCCCAAACGGUGUGGUUAACUGGUACAAGGAUGGCCAGAAGUUGCAGGAGAGUGAAAACAUCAAGCUCAAAGUGGAAGGCCCCUACCGAAGACUUAAGCUCAUUUGCAGUAGAGUUGAGGACUCUGGGGAGUAUGUCUGUGACACAGCAGACGAUUCCAUAUUCUUUCACCUUAAAAUCACAGAACCGCCCGUUCGCAUCGUGUCUCCCAGCCAGUCCCAGAUGGAGCUGUGCCAGCAGACGUCCGAGAGGAUGGUGCUGAGCUGCGAGAUAUCGCGGGCCAACGCGUUGGUGCGCUGGUACCGAGAUGGGCUGGAGGUGGAGGAGAACAAGAACCUGAUCCUGGAGGUGGACGGCAUCUACCGCAGACUCAUCAUCCCCGAGACCAGCGUCCAGGACUCAGCAGAGUAUGUAUGCGACACGGCGGAUGACUCGGUCACGUUCUUCGUUAACAUAGCAGAGCCCCCCGUUCGCUUCAUGCGUCCGAGGAAGAUGGCGAGCGUUGUGGAGAGAUUCGCCGGCGAGGCGAUGGUGCUGGAUUGCGAGGUGUCCCGCGCCAACGCUGAGGUCACCUGGAAGAGGAACGGGGAGGAGGUGGAGGACUCAAGAAAGGUGACCAUCCUGGAGGACGUGGUUCUUCGCCAGCUCACCGUCCACUGCCUCAGCCUGGAGGACGCUGGCCAGUACAUCUGCGAUGCAAAGGACGACGUCAUGGACUUCCAAGUCAAGGUCAAAGAGCUUCCUGUUAGAAUCCUGGGAAAGACAGACGCAACCGCUGAGAAGAAGUUCCUGGUGUCCGACGACAUCAUCUUGGUGUGCGAGCUGUCGCAGGCCAACGCGUCCGUCAGCUGGUACAAGGACAGCGUGCUGAUUGACAACGACACACGCUUCUGCUGCGAGGAGCAAGGAGCAUUCCGGUCGCUAGUGGUGCUCAGUGCCGAGCUGGAGGACUCUGGAGAGUAUAGCUGUGAUGCUGGAGACGACAAGAUGUUGUUUUGUAUCACCGUCAAAGAGCCCCCUGUGCAGAUCAUUGGGAACUCCGGAACGCCAGAGCAGCACAUUCUUGUGGCCGGAGAUGACCUUAUCUUGGAGUGCGAGGUCUCGCGCCCCAACUGCCCUGUCCAGUGGCUGUGGAACAGCAAACUGUUGAAAUCUGACGACCGUAUCAAAAUCGACAGCUGUGACGUUGUACGCAGACUGGUUCUCUCUGGGCUCCAACCCUCUGACUCGGGGAAAUACAUCUGCGACGCCAUAGACGACAAAAUGAUCACGUUGGUCGAAGUCCAGCAGCCACCAGUCAAGUUUGUGAACAAGCAGCCAAACAACAACAUCUCUGCCUGUGAAAACGAGUGUGUCUCGCUGUGUGCCAUUGUGAGCCAAGAAAGAGCUAAUGUGCGGUGGCUGAAAGAUGGCCGCCUGCUAAACGAAGACAACGUUCAUAUUUCCAUUGACGGCGCCAACCACAAUCUCACCAUUAACCCCCUGAAGCUCAGCAACGCUGGAGUGUACGUCUGCGAUGCGAACACCGAUGAGAUGAGUUUCACUGUCAUUGUUAAAGAGAUGAAGGCAACCUUUAGCCUUCCUCUGGAGAACAUAACAGGACUAAAGGGCAGCAUGCUUACGUUACGAUGUGAGCUCAGCAAGCCUAAAGGAGAUGUCCAGUGGCUUAAGAACGGCCAGGAGAUCUCCCCAAGCCGCCGACACACAAUAAGGGCACAGGGGCGCGAGAGAAGCUUCGCCAUCCAUCAGCUGGCAGAUGAGGAUGCUGGGGAGUACACCUGCGAGUCCACCGAUGACAGGACCUCCACCGUCGUCACCGUAGAAACCCCUCGUACUGUAGAGUUCAUCGCCGAGCUCCACAACAUCACGGUGCGCGAGGGCGAGGACGCCACCUUCAAGUGUGUGGUCUCGCCCGAGGACACCCACCUGACGUGGUGCCUCAACGGAGAGCGGGUCCACCAGGACGACAGGUUGACCGUCAUAAGCAACGGUCUCUGUCACACCUUAUGCAUCAAGAAGUGCAGAGUAUCAGACAGCGCCAGGGUGACCGCCGAUGCAGAGGGGCUGGCGGUGUCCCAGGCCAACCUCCAGGUUCAAGAGCAACAGGUGCUCUUCACCAAAAGCAUGGCGCCUCUCACUGCCGAGGAGUUUGGCGAGGCGACGCUGGAGGUGGAAGUGAGCCUGGACUCCGGGGAGGUGCAGUGGAUGAGGCAGGGGGUGCUGCUGCACCCUGGGGCCAAGUACAGCCUGAAACGGAAGGGGCGCAAGCACACCCUGACGGUCCACAAGCUGGCUGUCGCCGACCGGGGCAUCUACAGCUGCGAGUCACUCCACGAUCGCACGCAAGCCCAGCUCACUGUGGAGCCGAGAAAAGUCACCAUCAAUACGGGUUUGAAGGACAUCCGGACCACCGAGAGAGAGACGGCCUCGUUUGAGGUGGUUCUGUCCCACGCCGACGUCCCCGGCUCAUGGCUGAGGAACGGCGUCCAGCUGAAGCCCACCAAACACUGGCGCAUCAGCACCAAAGGUCACGUCCACAGCCUGACAGUGUCCAACCUGGCCGUUGAGGACACCGGCAGCUUCUCCUUCUGCGUGGAGAACCUCAGGACCUCCGCGAGGCUCGUCGUCAGGGAACCACCGGUGACGUUCCUCAGACAUCUGGAUGACCAGAAGUUUCCAGAAGGUUCAGUGGUGUCGAUUGAAUGUGAACUGUCGCGACACAACGUGGACGUUCGGUGGAUGAAGAAUGGAGCCGAGGUAAAGCCAGGGAAGGACCAGCGUAUCUUUGCAAUGGGGAGAAAACGUUUCCUGCAGAUCAUGAAAGGUGUUGUGGGUGAUUCUGCCCAGUACACAUGUGACGCAGCGGACACCUCUACUUCCUGCACAAUCGAAAUCUAUGAGCGAGAGGUGCUGGUGGUGCAGGGACUACAGGACCAGGACAUCCAGGAGGACCAGAACGCUGUGUUUGUGUGCGAUCUUUCGGUGGAGGACGUCCCAGGGGAGUGGUACAGAAACGGGGACAGGAUCCAACCCACCAGCAGCAUAAAGAUACGUCAGGAAGGGACCAAACAUUUCCUGCUGAUGGUGAAUGUGCGAGGAGAGGACUCUGGAGAGAUCAAGUUUGUGGCCAGACAUGUUGAAUCUGUGGCCUCCCUGAAGGUGGAAGAGCUCCCGGUGAACAUCGUGAACCCCCUGCAGGACCAGACGGCGGUGGAGCGCAGCCGCGUGCUGCUGGACUGCACCGUGUCCAACCCGCGCUGCAGCAUCCGCUGGUACAAGGGCCCAACGGUCAUCCUGCCCUCGGAACGCUUCGAGAUCUGCAGCGAGGGCUGCUACCGCAAGCUCAUCAUCCAGCCGGUGGAGCUGCGGGACCAGGGCACCUACAGCGUGCAGGUGGGCGAGUACAGCUGCUCCGCCCACCUCACCGUCGAGGCCCAGUCCGUAGUGAUGGUGAGGCCCCUGGAAGACGUAGAGGUGGGGGCCCCUGGUGACGCCUGCUUCCAGUGUGAGAUCUUCCCAUCCGGUUGCUGCGGGCCCCCGGUGUGGAGCCUGAGGGGGGAGCAGCUGCAGCCCAGCGCCACCGUGUUCCUGGAGAAGAUGGGCCCCAUCCACAGACUGACCCUCAGGGAGACGGCCCCCGACAUGAGCGGGGAGGUGGGCUUCACGCUGGGCCCCACCUGCAGCACCGCCAAGCUCACCGUGCGGCAGGUGAUCCCUGAUUGA